UCAAAUAUUGUCCAAUCACUGGUAAGGACAUUAGGGGACAGGAAAUACCCAAACCGACAUGGCGAUGUUACGGUGUAGCAUUCUGCUCCGUUAGUUAAAGUGAGGAGAAUCCAAACCCAACAUGCUCGGCUUGACUUUAAAGGAGCUAUCCCUGGCCUUCAGAGAGGGAAGAAUAUCUCCAACGGAGCUUUGCAGGAAGUGUCUAAACCACAUCAAGAAAACUCAACACCUGAACGCUUACAUCACUGUGACGGAGGAGCUGUCACUCAAGCAGGCCCAGGAGUCUGAAAGACGGCUGCUGCGAGGUGUCCCUAAAGGUCCGCUUGAUGGGGUCCCGUUUGCAGUCAAGGACAACUUUUGCACUAAGAAUAUCAGGACCACCUGUGCCUCCAGGAUGCUUAAAGACUACUUCCCACCGUUCAACGCUACUGUCGUCCAGAAACUUUUAGACCAAGGGGCUGUUCUAAUGGGGAAGACCAACAUGGAUGAAUUUGCAAUGGGUGCAGGCAGUAUUGACGGGGCAUUUGGGCCUGUAAAGAACCCGUGGAGCUACACCGAGCCCUACAGAACGCUGGCAGGGCCCGAGGCUAGCUGGGUCAUCACUGGAGGCAGUUCAGGUGGAAGCGCUGCUGCUGUGGCCUCGCUCACCAGCUACCUGGCGUUAGGAUCAGACACGGGCGGCUCGACUCGUAAUCCUGGUGCGCUGUGUGGCAUUGUGGCCUUGAAGCCCACUUACGGUCUCCUUUCAAGACAUGGUCUCAUCCCUCUGGUCAACUCCAUGGAUGUUCCUGGCAUUCUGACGCGAAACGCCGGAGACGCCUCACUUGUCCUAAGUCUCCUCCAAGGUCAUGACGUCAAAGACUCGACCUCUGUUCCUGCUCCCUAUUCACCAGCAGAUCUACCUGAAAAAUUGGAUGUCAGGAAGAUCUGCGUUGGCAUCCCUAAGGAGUACCACGCUCUAGGCCUGUCUCCGGAGACUUUGGCUGAGUGGAGCCGUGUUGCAGACCUGUUUGAGGGGGCCGGUGCUCGCGUGGAGCAGGUGUCCCUCCCUCACACCCAGCACUCCAUUGUGUGUUACCACGUCCUGUGCCACGCCGAAGUGGCUUCUAACAUGGCUUGUUUUGAUGGAGUGGAAUAUGGUCACCGGAGCAGCAUAGACAGCUCAACAGAGGUCAUGUACGCCACAACACGACAUGAGGGCUUCAAUGAUGUCGUCAGAGGGAGAAUUCUGUCCGGGAACUACUUCCUACUCAAGCAGAACUACCAGCACUAUUUUGUGAAAGCCCAAAAGAUCCGCAGGCUGAUUUCAGAUGAUUUCAGACGUGUGUUCAGUGCGGGUGUUGAUGUGCUGCUGACUCCCACCACGCUGACAGAUGCCACUUGUUAUCGUGACUUCACACAGGAAGAUAACCGCACUCGCAGCGCACAGGAAGAUGUCUUUACACAGCCUGCCAACAUGGCAGGUUUGCCUGCAGUCUCUGUGCCAACCGCCUUGUCCAGCCGGGGGCUUCCCAUUGGUCUGCAGCUGAUAGGUCGAGCUCUGGAAGAUCACAAGCUGCUCAGUGUCGCCCAGUGGAUGGAGCAGGAGGUCGCCUUUCCCUCAAUCAGUGUUCAUUACACCUACAGAGAGAGCAGUGACACCAUCUAAUUAAAGGAGACUUCAGCCUAACAACCACAACUGUGGAGUCGGAGUUGAAGCAAACUAACUUAGAAGUUUUCACAGCACUUCUCUUUACGUCACAAACUACAGCAGCUUUAGGGGAAGAAGGUCCAAACAUCUGUAUUAUGCUGCAAGUUACAUUUCAUAAGAGGAAGGACCUUUUGCAUCACAUUCAGUUGUAUUUCUUGUUCUAAAUAAUGCAAUUAAACACACAAAUUGUUUAUUGGAACAUUAUGCUGUUAAUUUCAACAGAUAUAUUUAUGAAUGCACUCUGAAUUUAGUUCAAUAAAGAAGAGUUACAAAUGCUGUCAAACUGAA